AUGACAGAAGCUCAUAAACCUUUACCUUUAAUAGAAGAAGAAAAAUCAAUAUUUCAUUCUAUUUCAGAUAUCCCUUUAUAUGCUUGUACAAUAUCCACUGACUCAAAAGAAUUUUUAGUUUACAACAUCGAAGAUAAUAAAAUUUGUGCAAAAAUUCCAAAUCCUGUAUCUUUUGAUAUGACAACUAAAGGACUUUUGUGUAAGCUGAAUGGCUCUCAGCUAUUUUACUUUGGUGGACGUAUACAACGCAAAAAAACAUCUGGGACUUGCCUUUUAAUUGAUAUAAAAGCACAAUCAGUUGAAAUUUUACCUUCUGGAAGACCUCGAUUUUUUGCGAAUCCAGUCUAUUUCGAAAAUUUUGUUUACAUUUUUGGGGGCUCUGGAGGACCGAACUGAGAUCAAGCAGCCAGCGAUAAGUUUAGUUUAAGGAAAAAGAAAUGAAAAAGAAUAGCUGACUUGCCUAUUCCAACUGCUCAAACCUCAACGGUGUUAUUUGAAAGAAAAAUUUUAAUUGCAGGUCAUAAACUUGGAAGCAUAUUAAAAUACGACCAUUACAAAAAUUCUUAUAAAAGCCUGCUGGAAAUUAGCCCAACUUCGUGAAAAAUACUUUUUAUUUUUAAAGAGAGGUGCUAUGCUGUUACCAAUGAUCUUCAAUGCUAUGUUUCAGAAAUAAAAAAUUGAAAAAUCUGAAAUUAUCAUGGGAUAAUUGAUGGAAUAAUAUUAUCUUAG